AUGGCUUACCACACAGGCUCCCCCUACGGCCUCUACUCCGUGAUGAACGUCGACAGACCAUUCAAUUCCUUCAGUGAGAGUUAUUAUGUGUCCGAACCUUACCAUCCUCCGCAUGCCCCCGUAAUUAGUAACAUGUUUCACGGAAGCUAUCCGAGUUAUUACGAAGAAGAUGAUGAUGACGAUGAUGGUUAUUAUUAUAAUGACGAUGAUGAUUAUUAUUAUAAUGACCAUGAUGAUUAUUAUUAUAAUGAGGAAGAUUUUCCUAUGGAGGAAUCAGAAAUCAGUGGACAUCUGAAAUCAGACGAAAAUAAAACAGGGAAUGUUGAAAAUAAAACGGACAAAGUCGAAAAUAAAACAGGGAAAGUCGAAAAUAAAACGGGAAAAGUCGAAAAUAAAACGGGAAAAGUCGAAAAUAAAACGGAAAAAGUCGAAAAUAAAACGGAAAAAGUCGAAAAUAAAUCGGAGGGCGUAGAAAACACGAAUAAUAUGUUGACUCUCUUUCAAGCUGUUAUGAUCAUCGUUCUUCUGAUGCGAUGGGGCAGGAAUAGCUGCACGAGACUAAUAAAGAAGCACGAAGCGAGGAAGCAACUGUUACUGUACCUGGACAAAAUGAACGAACAAAUUAAAAAGGACGAUCUUAAAAUGGAGAAUAAGUUAAAGAAGCUGGAGGAAAAAAUAAAAAAGGAACGGCAAGAUAUGGAAAUGAAAUGGAAAGAAAAAAGAAAUAAAGCCAGGCAUAAGGUAGCCCUUAAGCCGUCGGAAGACAAAUUGCCUGGUAUAGGCCCAUUCUACGACGAGGACAAAAUACUUUUGGAUGAAAAAAUGGACGCUGUAAGUAUGAAUUAUGAAAAGUAUAAAUAUAAUAAGGAGAAACGAUGGAAUGCUAUGAGAGCAGCUUAUCAUAAGAAGCUCAAUAACUUACAAAAGUUGCAAGACGAGAGGAAACUCAGGAAAUGCGUACGAAUGUUUUGGUUUGAAGAGAAAUGGAAUUUUGGACCCAGAACAGUGAGAGGGUAUUUGAAACAGAAAAAAGAAAAAAUGGAUGAAGCUAAUGCAUUAGGUCUGGUUGAAAAAUUAAGGAGAGAAGAAGAAGAGAAGGCGAAGAAGGAGGCAAAAAUAGCAGAAGCGGCAAGAGCGGUAGAAGCCGAGAAAGCGGCACAGGAGGCAAAAAAAGCAGAAGCAGCAAAAAGAGUACAAGCGACAAAAGCAGCAAAAGUAGCAAAAGCGGAAAAAUUCUCAGAAAUGGUAGAAGCGGCACAAAGAGCAGAAGUGGCAAAGGAGGCCUUAUUCACAGCAGCGGCAAAAGCGAAAAAGGCGGCAAUAACGGCUACGGGAGAAGAAGAUGAUGACGAUGAGUACUAUUAUUAUGUGGAUUCUGGUAAUGAUUAUUAUGAAGAUUUUGACGAUUAUUACGAUCACCAUCCUUAUGUCUACGGCUACGAGGAUGAGGAUGAUUAUUAUUAUUAUUAA